AUGCAUCACAUCGUUGGCAUUGCUGUGUCAUCACGGCCGAAACAAUCCAUUGUGUGUUGUUCUUAUCUACAGGGUGAUGACAAGGUGGACUUGUGUGGCCGGGGGAGCUGGUGGCUGGGAACACUGAAAGACACACCCAUCCCAGGUGUCUAUCACAUCCGCGACUUCCUCGAAGAGGCUGAACUGAACCCGGUGAGGAAGACCUACGGGUUCAAAGGCGUUGGCAGAAAAGCUCACCCUCUGGGCGUACGUAAGGGGGAUCUGCUUCUCCCCGGGGCGUACGACUACACCGACUCCAUCCAGGAGGUCUUGAAGCACCAGGCGUCAUAUUCUUUCAAAAACUGUCCACGGCCCGACAUUGUCACCCUGGGCAUCAGGGACAAGCAUAUAAACACUUCACCGUGCGACUAUGAUGUGACAGUGAAACCAGUGGAGAAGAUUCCCUGCAAGCAUGUGAUGUUUCGGUCGACCGUGCAGCGGCUCGGCUUUCCUCCUAAAGACGGGCCUGCUCCAUGCCACUAUGAUCCACAGACCAGACCAGGAAAAGGCAUCACUUCCUGUUUCAAGUCCACAUUGCCUCGGCUCCAUAGUGUGCACUCUAAGACCCCAGGACCAGGGGCCUACGAACCUUGCUGGAAGUUGGGCCAUCGUGUGAACACAGAAGCCGUAGACCCAUCAUUCAGCCUCUUCUUCCGCAACGUUCUCUAGUAGUGGACUUAAGAUCCCACAAAAACUUGAUCCCUGCACCAUCUCCCAAUCCUGUCAGCUUCAUGGCAGAUCACUACCC